CUCUUCAAGGCUUAUGUGGACAAGUUCAAGUUCAGAAGUGUGUUGGCAGAAGAUGCGUUGGAGUUUUACCUGGAAUAUUUUCCAGACCUGAAAGAAAAGAAUGUCCACAAAAUUGAAGGUCUGGAUUUUGACAGCUGGCUCAAUGUACCUGGUUGGCCUCCAUAUGUUCCCGACCUCUCUGCUGGCCAGGAGCUGAUGAAACCAGCAGAGCUGUUAGCUGAAAUGUGGGUCAAUCAUAACCCAGACUUGGAAUCUAUCUACAAAACUGAUAUAAAACCGUGGAAGACCUACCAAACUGUCUACUUCUUGGACAAGAUCCUUGAGAAGUCACCACUUCCAGAUGGUCACAUAAAGAAGCUGGAGGAGUGCUACUCGUACAUUAUUGAGUCCAACAAUGCCGAGCUAAAAUUGCGAUGGGCCCAGAUUGUUGCAAAGAACCAGCAUAAACCAGGAUUCCAACAUAUUCGCAAUUUCCUCACAAGCCAGGGGAAACAGAAGUACACAUUACCAGUUUAUCGGGCCCUUUGGAAUGGAUCAGAAGAGACAAAGACUCUGGCAAUGGAAGUUUUCUCAGCCACCUCGAAACAGCUUCACUUCAACGUCCGCAAUUAUGUCAAAAAGAUAAUAGCUUGAGCAUAAAUGAAAUAGGAAAAUAUAAGGGAAAACAAUGUAUGCAAUGAUCUGCUUUUAAAAGCACCCGGGUAUCUUAAAAUUAUGGGGCUUUGAGUAUUGACUUAACAAUAUGUAUUAAUUAUUCAGGAAAUUGAAUUAUGGUUUUUUGAAUUUGUGAAUUAUAUUUGUGUUUUUACUAAAUCAAAUAUUUUCCAGGCAUUUAAUUACU